AUACCUCAUCAGAUCAGUAGUGAUCAGUCCCAAAUUAAGCCACGCUACUGCCAACACAGCUCUCACCUUAGCCACACAGUACUCCAACAACAAUGUCAGCUGCGGCGUCGGCCGUGCGUGUGAUCGGCCUAUGGCCGAGCCCGUUCGUCACCCGCGUCCUGAUUGCGCUGAAGCUGAAGGGCGUCGAGUACGAGUUCGUGGAGGAGGAGCUGCAUUUGGGCAAGAAGAGCGAGCUGCUGCUCAGGUCUAACCCCGUGCACAAGAGGAUCCCCGUCCUGCUCCACCACGGCAAGCCCAUCUCCGAGUCCCUCGUCAUCGUCCAGUACAUCGAUGAGGCCUGGUCCUCCGCCGCGCCGGCCAUCCUCCCGGCCGACCCGUACACCCGCGCCGUCCAUCGAUUCUGGGCAAAGUACAUCGACGACAAGCUCCCUCCGGCGAUCCGCACGCUCAGGGGAUCGGACGACGGCGACAAGGAGCAUGCGGCGGGGCAGCUGUCCGCCGCCCUGCAGCUGUUGGAGGGCGCCUUCCUGGAGCUCAGCCAGGGGAAGAGCUACUUCGGCGGCGACGGCGUCGGGUACCUGGACAUCGCCCUGGUGUCGUACGUCGGGUGGGUGAGGGCGGUCGAGAAGAUCGCCGGGGUCGCGUUCCUGGACCAAGCCAAGGUCCCGAACCUGGCGGCGUGGGCUGGCCGGCUCUACGCGCACGCGGCGGUGGAAGACGCGAUCCCUGAUGCGGACAAGCUCGUGGAGUUCAGCGUCAAGUACGCGUCUUCGAAGCCUAUUAACAAUGGUGCCAAGAGGUUGGUUUUGUUUGUAGAUAUCGUGGAUAAACCCAUAGAUUUGCUUGGAAAUUCUAGUGUUACAAAGGUUGUCAUGAACAAUGUCACAGAUAAUGGUAGUGCACAAGCACACUCAAGCAUGGAGCAUCAUGAUUUAAUUGAUUGGGACAACCUAGAUAUCAACUUAGACAUUCCUAUCCCAGAGGAGCAUAUAGGUGCUGCUGUUACAUUAAUAGAUGAUGAUGCUAUGUAUGAGUUUCUUGGUCUGGCAGCAGACAAUGAGAGAGCACAGCAAGAAAAAAUGGCAGCUGAAAAGGAAGGACGUCUACAAAGCAUGUGGAGAGAAAAGAGAUACACGAGAGCACGAGAUCUUAUAUAUACCAGCAGCAGCAGCCGCCAUAUACCUCCUCAGAUCAGUAGUGAUCAGUCCCAAAUUAAGCCACAGUGCUGCCAACACAGCUACCACCUUAGCCACACAUACAGUACUCCAACAACAAUGUCAGCUGAUGAGGCGUCGGCCUUGCGUGUGAUCGGCCUAUGGCCGAGCCCGUUCGUGAUCCGCGUCCUGAUCGCGCUGAAGCUGAAGGGCGUCGAGUACGAGUUCGUGGAGGAGGAGGUGGGCAAGAAGAGCGAGCUGCUGCUCAGGUCCAACCCCGUGCACAAGAAGAUCCCCGUCCUGCUCCACCACGGCAAGCCCAUCUCCGAGUCCCUCGUCAUCGUCCAGUACGUCGACGAGGCCUGGUCGUCCGCCGCGCCGGCCAUCCUCCCGGCCGACCCGUACACCCGCGCCGUCCAUCGGUUCUGGGCACAGUACAUCGACGACAAGCUCCCUCCGGCGAUCCGCACGCUCAGGGGAUUGGACGACGGCGACAAGGAGCAAGCGGCGGGGCAGCUGUCCGCCGCCCUGCAGCUGUUGGAGGCAGCUUUCCUGGAGCUCAGCCAGGGGAAGAGCUACUUCGGCGGCGACGGGGUCGGGUACCUGGACAUCGCCCUGGUGUCGCACGUCGGGUGGGUGAGGGCGGUCGAGAAGAUCGCCGGGGUCGCGCUCCUUGACCAAGCCAAGGUCCCGAACCUGGCGGCGUGGGCUGGCCGGCUCUGCGCACACGCGGCAGUGGCGGACGCGAUCCCCGACGCCGACAAGUUCGUGGAGUUCAGCGUUAAGUACGGGUCGUUUUCGAAGCCUAUUAACAGUGGUGCCAAGUGAGAGAAAGCGAUCUGAUAUGGCCGCUUUAUUUUAGAUUAUCUGAUGUAGCCGCUUGACGGUAGUCAUCGACUUUCAGUGCACGUGUGACAGUAUCUAUCAAUGAGAUGUUUGUGUAUUCUACUCGUCACGUUCUUCGUGUACUAUGCCAUAAUAAUAAUAAAUAAAAUCUCAUAACAAAAAAAAGUGGUGCCUGAUUUUUAGCA